UCAACUUUAUUAAUUUACUCAUUUUAAGAGCUGUGGUUGAUUUCUGUCAUUUCUUUAGGUUGCUUAUCCCAUUGUCUAAAUGGUUAUCCCCAUUGAAAGAGUUUGUACAUCUACCAUCAUUGUCUGUCUGAUACAUAAGCACUUGAAACCCUCUUCAGAAGAGUUAAUUUCUGCAACCUGUGUCGAAUUCGUUUUCCUCUAAAAUAUAUGAUUAAUAUGAAUAUUGAUAAAUAACUGCAAUUGGCUUAUGGUUCGCGGGAAUCCCAAGGAUCCAUUGUUAUUGAUCACUUCAACACCGGUUGCUUCUCUCUAGAUAUGGACAAUGGCGUGCAGCACAAUGCGGAUGAUAUUUCCAAUGAGAAGGUCUGGUCUAGAAGUUUAUUUGCUGGUGCAGACAGAAAGCAAACAAUCCCAAACAUGCCAAGGAAGAAUCAAACUUGUAAGAAGAUCCCUGUAAAAGAAACUACUUCCAUCAAAAUUUCCAAGCAUGUGAAUGGGAAGAAGAUGAUCAAUGACUUUGUAAAAGAGCAAAAGAUUAGUCAGGGAAGUUAUGGAAAAGUGGUAUUGUAUCGAAACAACAAUGAUGGAACCCCAUUUGCUAUUAAGAAAAUCUGCAAGUCUAGAUUGCGCAGGGUGCGUGUGACACAGUCAGAAACCGCUAUGACCAAUGUUUUUAGAGAGGUUUCAAUAAUGAAGAUGUUGGAUCAUCCAAACAUAGUCAACCUUGUUGAAGUAAUAGAUGACCCCAAAUCUGAUUAUCUCUUUAUGGUUCUUGAGUAUGUGGAAGGUAAUGAUAUAAAAAACCUUUCUGAAAUACAAGGACACCUUGAUGAGACAACUGCAAGGAGGUACUUCAAAGAUAUAAUUGCAGGCCUCACUUAUUUGCAUAGUCAUAAUAUCAUUCAUGGUGAUAUCAAGCCCGAAAAUCUUCUACUCACUAAAAGUGAGAGGGUGAAAAUUGGUGAUUUCAGUGUGAGCCAGGCUUUUGAGGAUGACAAUGAUGAACUCUGGAGAUCCCCUGGAACUCUAGCUUUUACUCCACCUGAGUGCUACUUUGGUACAGUUUAUCAUGGAAAAGCAGCAGAUAUAUGGGCUAUAGGUGUUACCCUGUACUACAUGGUUGUAGGCUACUACCCCUUUCUUGCUGAUAGUUUACCUGAGACUUACAAUAAUAUUGUAAACAGCUCUUUAUUACUCCCAAAGGAACUAGAUCCAAUGCUCAAAGAUUUGCUCCAAGGCCUUUUCUACAAAGACCCCAAGUUGCGAAUAACCUUGGACAUUGUUGCUGAGCAUCCAUGGGUGGUCAAAGAGGGUGCUAUGGUCCUUCCAAGGUGCCCCUGCUGCUACAGGCUUGGUAUUUGAUACCUUUUCCAUGUUUAAUUAAUUAAUAAUACAUUUUGUUCUUGAACUAUAGUGAAAUGUAUAAAUUGAAAUAGUGUUAACCCAAAUUCUAACAUCGUUAAUUUGUCAGCUUGUCCUAUGUAUUUGAACUCUACAACUAUCUAGUUCUUUUUGAAAAUUUUUAUUCAAACUUGUACCUAAAUAUCCUAUGCAAGACUGUUUUUUUUUUAUAAU